UUUCCUAAAAAAGCGGUGCCUUUAUCUAACGGCCGUAAUGUAGCGUUGGGUGACGUUACCCAUAAGUUGUCUAUAAAUUUUUUAACAUCGGACUAGCUUUAGAAAGUCGAAUGUCACCGUAACGUCAAAUAGCGGUGCUGUCAUUUGCAUGACGGCCGUCAUAGCGGUGAUAAACAGUAGUUCAAUGUUGUUCGCGUGUAGCGGUGUGCAUAUUUAAUUAAUACGAUGAGUGGAAACGUGACUUGGACGAGCGAAAAUGAUGAACAAUUAAUUGAUUUUGUUAAAAAUCAUGAAGCUUUGUACAAUAUCAAAUCCAAAGAGUACAGACAAGCUCAGAUGAAGCAAAAUUUGUGGAACGAAAUUGGAAUAACACUUCAAAAAUCAGGUUCUGACUGCAGUAAACGAUGGGCCUACGUAAGGGAUUAUUAUAUUCGGCGUAAAGUUAAACCUGGCACUGGUUCAGGUGGAGAGGCAACAAAGAAUAGGUCUGUUUUUCUAUCAUUCUUAGAUAGACUUCCUUCAUCACAAAGACAUAAUACAAUUACUUAUGCUAAGAAAGACAACAAUAUGAGAGAUAAGAAAAAGAUAAAAUUAACACACUCUGAGGAACGAUUACAGAUAUUGAAACAAAUAGCUAAACGAAAAUCAACUCCUGCUCAAAAUGAAUUGGACGAAACCGACCUUUUCUUUAACUCGAUGGCAAAAAUUGUAAAAAAGCUUCCUCCAUAUGAACAAGUGCAAUUAAGGAUGCAAAUUUCGUCAUUGGUCGGUAAUGCUGAAUUAAAAAGUAUUUUAAACGAAUCAAGACAGACAGAUUCAUCACCCAGGCCAAGUUCAACAAUGAGCUUCAUACACUCAGAAACGGUGCCAUCUCCAGCAGCAAGUGGAACGGGUUUAUGACGAGUCAUCACAAAGAUAUGGAAGAGGUGUUUCAGAAAGUGCACUUAGCCUAACAGAAAAUGACCUAUUUUUUUACAUCUGUAAUUAACAAUGCAUAUGGACAUGACGUUCAUACAUACAUUUAAUUUAAAAAAAAUUCACACACGAAAUUGUUUUUAAAAUUUUC